AAAUUCAUAUAAAACUCCAUUCUGUUACGAAUCCACAUAAGAUAGGCAUCACUCAGGCCUUUGUGUUCAGCAGAUAAGAUCAUAACUCACACCUCUCGCCGGAAAUUCCGAUACCCUCGCCGGAAAAUGGGUUUCUCCGGUAAUCUGUAACAAAAUCGAUAGAUAUGGGUGAGGAAGAGAGCAGCCUGCUCAAUCAAGCGUCUUACACCGGAAAUCAAAGGCUAAAGCAAGCGAUUCUUCUCGUCUCGUCGCUGAUUUCCGUCUCCCAUUCGAUCAAAGUCUUCACGGCGAAAUGGCAAUCGGUGAGGCAAAAUCUGGAGGAGCUCUUCUCCACCCUCGCCGCCGUCGAGAAUUGCGAAUCCGGUGAGAAUUUGUCGAUUUCGAUUGCGGUGGAGUUGAUUCUCGUAACCCUAAAAACCUGCGACGAGCUCUCGCAGCGGUGUUUGGAUGUCUCCUACGGCGGGAAGCUCCUCAUGCAGAGCGAUCUCGAUAUGCUCUCCGCGAAAUUGGAAAGCCACACGAAGAGCAUCUCCGAUAUCUACGCCGCCGGUUUGCUCGCGCAGACCUACGCAAUCGUGGUGCCGCGGCCGAAUUUUCCGGCGUCGAGGGACGAUGUCAAGUUCUACAUCAACGAUUUACUUUCGCGGCUGAAAAUCGGCGGCGGCGAAAUGAAAAGGCAAACCCUCGCCGCGCUGAACGAAGCCGUUCUAGAAGACGACAGAUACGCGAAAUCCGCCGUCGAACUCGAGGGUUUCGUCAAUUUCCUCGUGAAUCUUCUCGAUUCCGAGGAGAGCGAAAUUCAACAAGAGGCGGCCAAAUCGGUGUCUUUAAUUGCAGGUUUUCAGUCACACAAGGGUGUUCUAAUCGGUGCAGGGGUGGUUGCCCCUUUGAUAAGGGUUCUAGAAUCUGGGAGUGAGCUGGGCAAAGAAUUUGCCGCCAGGUGUUUGAUGAAAGUCACGGAGAAUUCCGAUAAUGUAUGGUCGGUUUCCGCCCACGGUGGAGUGCCUGCCCUGUUGAAGAUUUGCAGUAGUGAUAGCAGUAGUGGGAGUGAAUUGAUUGCUCUGUCUUGUGGGGUGUUGAAAAAUCUCGUUCUUGUCGAAGAGAUUAAGAGAUUUGUUGUCGAGGAAGGAGCCAUUGUUGAACUUGUUGAGCUUGCUAGUUCUAAAGAUGAAAUUGUACAAAUAGGCUCGCUCGAUUUACUCCAAACUAUAGCUUAUAGAGAUUCGUCGAUUAGGGAAACGAUUAUUAAAGAAGGCGGACUUCGAGCGUUGGUACGGAUUAUGGAUCCGAAAUCAUCGGUUUCGACAAAGACAAGAGAAGUUGCAUUUAGGGGAAUUACGAGUAUAUGUUCUUCGUCUGAAAAUUUGAUAAGUAUACUUAUAAAUUACUCGUUUAUGGAUCAUAUACUUUAUUUUCUUCGAUAUGGAGAGAUUUCUGUACAAGAAUUGGCAUUAAAGGCUGCAUUUUGGCUAUGUGGAACUUCGGAGGAAGCUAAGAAGUUAAUGGGUGAUGCAGGGUUUAUGCCGGUUCUCGUUAAAUUUCUCGAUUCGAAAUCGUUCGAAAUACGAGAAAUUGCAGCUGAGAUACUCUCUAGUAUGUUGGUUGUGUCCAAGAACCGUAAGAAAUUCGUGCAAAACGAUCAAAAUGUCGGUACGCUUCUGCAAAUGCUCGAUCCCAACGAGGUGAAUUGUGGUAAUAAAAAGACGUUGCUUUCGAUAUUAAUGUCUUUAACGAGCAGCAAUAGUGCGAGGAAGAAGAUUGUCAGUUCGGGAUUCCUUAAAAACAUCGAAAAGCUUGCCGAUGAAGAUGAAGUUUCCGAUGCUAAAAAGAUCGUUAGGAAACUAUCUUCCGGAAGAUUCCGGACUAUGUUGAAUGGGUUUUGGCAUUCUUGAAUUUUUAUGUUCUUGUUAUAGUCCUUUCCUUGAUUUUUUGUUUCUGUAAAAAAAAUUCUACAUUAGUUCGUUUUUUGGGUAAGUUAGAGUUUCUUGAUUUUGGAAUAUGGGAAAUGGCAAUAAAUAUUUAUCUUUUAUUA